GAACAAUAUGGACUAAGAUUAAGGAGACAUGUGAAUGUUGAAUGUGGGGUGCAUUGCCAUGCUGGCCGUCACGUGCACCAUCAUCAAACCUUGGAACUUUCAAGCGAAGUGACGACGGAGCUGCAGCAAAGGCACUCUCAUCACGAGCCUCUGGACCCGACGAAGCCGCCAUCAGCCACAGUCACUUCGCCGAUCCUGCAUCUGCACAGUGCAACACCUCUGCUACGCCGUAGGACGACAUUUGGCCCAUACAGCAUUCCGCCGUGUUGUUUGGCUGCUCAACACCAACCCGGACCCUUUGAGUAAGGAGCAAAGAAACCACACAUACACACCAGCGCGAUGGCGUCGCUGGGCGAGGAGCUCCUCAACAUUGUCAACAGGCUGCAGGAUUUGGUCUUCAACACAAUUGGAAAUGAUUCCCUAGAUUUACCCCAGAUUGUCGUUGUGGGAUCACAAUCUUCCGGAAAGUCAUCAGUGCUCGAGAACAUCGUCGGCAAGGACUUCCUUCCCCGUGGCAGUGGUAUCGUCACACGCCGGCCGCUCAUCCUCCAACUCAUCAACCUCCCAAGCGAACGCGACGAAGACGACGAUGACGAAGUCCACGUACCCCACACACCCGCAAGUGUAGCUGGCCAGCAAGAAUGGGGAGAGUUUCUCCACAUUCCCGGCCAGAGGUUCUACGACUUCGCCGAUGUCAAGCGCGAGAUCGAGAACGAAACCUCGAGGAUAGCAGGAAACAACAAGGGCAUCAACAGGCAACCAAUCAACCUGAAGAUCUACUCCCCGCACGUCCUCAGCUUGACGCUCGUUGAUCUGCCCGGUUUGACAAAGGUGCCCAUUGGCGACCAGCCCUCCGACAUCGAGAAGCAGACACGGAAUCUCAUCACCGAGUACAUUGCAAAGCCAAACAGUGUCAUCCUCGCUGUCUCCCCCGCCAACGUCGAUCUCGUAAACUCCGAGGCUCUGAAGCUGGCCCGCCAUGUCGACCCCAUGGGCAAGAGGACUAUCGGUGUCCUUACAAAGCUGGAUCUCAUGGAUCACGGUACCAACGCCAUGGAUAUUCUCUCUGGUCGUGUAUACCCCCUCAAGCUCGGUUUCAUUGGUAUCGUCAAUCGGUCACAACAAGACAUCCAGGGCAACAAGUCUCUCUCUGACGCCCUGCAAGCCGAGCGGGACUUUUUCCGACACCACCCUGCGUACCGGAACAUGGCAAAUCGAUGUGGUACCCAGCUGCUCGCUAAGAGCCUCAACCAGACCCUGAUGGCCCACAUUCGUGACAGGUUACCAGACAUCAAGGCACGCCUCAACACACUUAUGGGUCAGACACAACAAGAGCUUGCAAGCUAUGGCGAUGUAGCCUUUACUGGUAAGGAACAUCGAGGCUCGCUCAUUUUGCAACUUAUGACGCGCUUUGCCUCGUCUUUCAUCUCGUCUAUCGAUGGUACUUCUACCGAAAUCUCCACCAAGGAGCUGUGUGGUGGUGCCCGCAUCUACUACAUCUUCAACUCUGUCUUUGGUAACUCGCUUGAGCAAGUGGACCCCACCCAAAACCUCUCUGUACUCGACAUUCGGACGGCCAUCCGCAACUCGACUGGUCCAAGGCCUAGUCUGUUCGUGCCUGAGCUUGCUUUCGACCUCCUUGUGAAGCCUCAGAUUAAGCUUUUGGAGAUACCCAGUCAACGCUGUGUGGAGCUCGUAUACGAGGAACUCAUCAAGAUCUGCCACACCUGCGGCUCUACUGAAUUGACAAGAUACCCCAGGCUGCAAGGCAAGCUCAUUGAAGUUGUCUCGGACCUUCUGCGAGAGCAGCUUGGCCCUUGCUCGGGUUACGUCGCCUCUCUCAUUGACAUUCAAAGGGCAUACAUCAACACAAACCACCCCAACUUCCUUGGAGCUGCUGCGGCCAUGUCAUCCGUUAUCAAUGACAAGGAGCAGCGGGAAAAGAAGAUCGCGAUGGAGGCCGAGAAGAAGAGGCGAGAACAGAGGAGAAUAAAAGAGCUCCAGAAUGGUCAGAACGGGGAAGGAUCUGAGGAGGGUGAAGGAGGUGAGGGAGCCACCUUGAAGGCUCUUCCUCUUCGGAAACACCAGUCACAAACUAGCCGCAGCAUGUCGCCUGCUGUCGGACGGAUGAUGAAUGGCUCUCAGAGCACUACAGCAGCGCUCAACAACCGCAACCGGUCACCACCAGGUACCGCACGCGACAGCUUCCUGAACUACUUCUUCAGCAAAGACAGCAAUAACGCAUACGCCAACCCACAACAGGCAGCACAAGCAGCGCUCGAUAACCGGCCAGGCAGCCGACACGUGAGCCAAAAUAGCGAGCCAAGCUUCGCGCAGAGCAUCCGAAGAGGAGACAACAAGCAGCCUGCCCAUGUGUUGGCAAUGAUGCCACCAGACACGGACGACUAUGAUGCGCCAUUGAGCGCCGCCAUGAGCGGUCCUCCCCGAAGUCCAAGCGUGGGACCAGAAAACUUUGAAGGCGGCUUCCCAUCAAACCCCGAGCAAGCCCCUGCCCUUACGGAACGCGAAGCCCUCGAGACUGAGCUCAUCCGCCGACUCAUCUCGUCAUACUUCAACAUUGUCCGGGAGACAGUCGCUGAUCAGGUGCCCAAGGCCAUUAUGCAUCUUCUCGUCAACCACUCAAAAGACGUUGUACAGAACAGGCUCGUCUCAACGCUGUACAAGGAGGAUCUGUUCCAGGAGCUCCUGUACGAAGACGACACCAUCAAGGCCGAGCGCGAGAAGUGCGAGAAGCUGCUCAAGACAUACAAGGAGGCAGCCAAGAUUGUCGGCGAGGUUUUGUAAGAGAUAGGUGUUUGGAUAAUGAAACGAAUCAUCACGGGUUCCUUGUAGGUUUUGAAAAUGUGCGAUUAUACAGCCUUUGCCCCGCAUCCGAUUAGUAUUACCGGGUCGUGUUGACAGUCGGGCUGGGGGCAAAGGUUGAUAAAGCGUAUGGAGGCGGCUACCUCAUGUUAAUAUUGUCCUUGGCCGCUUCUCAGCGCUUUUCAUUUCUACUCUUCUGUUGCCCUUCUUGAUUUCCAAGGGUUGCAGGGCGUUUUUCGAGGCUCCGCUUUUCAUCGUUUCUGCGCGUUCUGAUGGUCUGUGUAGCAUAGUGCCUGCCCAUGGCGGGUCGGGGGUGGAGAUGAUACAUGUAUAGAAUAUACGAUUGGCAACAAAUCUUGUCUUCUUGGAUAAGCAC